AUGCAACGGUGUGUCCUUCAUGACUUGCUACGCGAUUUCGCCAUAGCGAGAAGCAAAGAAGAACACUUUAUGCAUCGGCUACGUGGUCAGGAGCUUAAUGGUUGUCUUGAGGCUAGACAGCGGUACAGGUUAACUAUUGAUUUCAGUGGAGCGGAGAAAUUCUCAGAAUCGAGGUCCCUCUAUCCUCGUCUACGCACACUGUUGUUUGUUACAAAACCCGAAGUCUAUCAACUACCAACAUCUCUAUACAAGUUUUUCCAGUUCAAGCUUAUAAGAGUUUUGGUCUUAAGCCCAGGAUUUGAGUUUGAUACAUUCCCAUGUGUGAUUCUACUACUUGUCCAGUUGAAAUACUUGGAUUUCGCAGUAUCUUAUUUCGUUUCAGAAAUAAUCAUCCCAUCGUCAAUUCUCAAUCUCUCAGAUUUGGAGACUUUGAUUGUUGGUGGUGACAGAGUUUUGUUGCCGGAUACUUUGUGGGGUAUGAAAAAAUUAAGGCAUCUGGAUGGAGCUUGGGAGUGGAUAUUGCCAUCAGAGAUUCCCGUAGCCAAUUUGGAGAAUUUGCAGACUUUCUCGACUGUAAGAUUCACCUGCAGCCAAACGAUGGUGGGAGUAGUGAAGAAGUUACCAAAUCUCCGGACACUACGCUGUGAUCUCGAUCUGGGUGGAGGAGAGUGCACUGUGGAUUUCAUCACUUUGACUCAACUCGAAUCACUCUACAUCACUACUACUCGUGGGCCGAACUUUUUUCAAUUUCGAUUUCCCCAGAAUCUAAAGGAUCUAUCUCUGUAUUCAACUUGCCUUCCAUGGAAUGAAGUUUCAGCUAUUGGAAGGCUACCAAAUCUUGAAGCUCUCCGAUUGAAUGGUAAUAAAUGCAAGGGGGAAAAUUGGGACAUUGAAGAAGAAGGCACAUUCUCCAAACUCAGAGUGUUGGAAUUAUACAACAUGAUGAGUUUGGAAAGAUGGACAACGGCUUCGGAUGACAACUUCCCAUCUAUUGAGACAUUGAUACUGGAUCACUGCAAUCGCUUAAAGGAAAUCCCUUCUUGUAUAGCCCAAAGUUCAACCCUUCAAAUGAUUAAGGUCUGGAGUUGUCCACGUGUCUUUGAUUCGGUAAAGGAAAUUCAUGAAAUGCAGAUGGAUUAUGGAAAUGAAGAUCUACGGAUAUAUCUGGACGGCCAACAACUAACAAAAGAGUAA